AUGGGGGCCCGUGGUGUUGUGACCAACGCCAACACCUCGUCCAGCCUUGAGAGCAACACCACGGGCAUCACGGCCUUCUCCAUGCCCGGCUGGCAGCUGGCCCUGUGGGCCACCGCCUACCUGGCCCUAGUGUUGGUGGCCGUGACGGGCAAUGCCACGGUCAUCUGGAUCAUCCUGGCCCAUCAGAAAAUGCGCACAGUCACCAACUACUUCAUUGUCAACCUGGCCCUGGCUGACCUCUGCAUGGCCGCCUUCAACGCCGCCUUCAAUUUCGUCUACGCGAGCCACAACAUCUGGUACUUCGGCCGUGCCUUCUGCUACUUCCAGAACCUCUUCCCCAUCACGGCCACGUUCGUCAGCAUCUACUCCAUGACCGCCAUCGCCAUUGACAGGUACGUGGCCAUCGUCCACCCCUUCCGGCCGCGGCUCUCGGCCCCCCACACCAGAGCGGUGAUUGUGGGCAUCUGGCUGCUGGCCCUGGCCCUCGCCUUCCCCCAGGGCUUCUACUCCGCCGUCACCACGGACCAGGGCGCCACCAAGUGUGCGGUGGUCUGGCCCGAAGACAACGGCAGCAAGAUGCUCCUUUUGUACCACCUCGUGGUGAUCGCCCUCAUCUACGUGCUGCCUCUCGUGGUGAUGCUCCUCGCCUACAGUGUCAUCGGCCUCACGCUCUGGAGACGCGAGGUUCCCAGGCACCAGGUGCACUGCGCCAGCCUGCGCCACCUGCGGGCCAAGAGGAAGUUCGUGAAGACCAUGGUGCUGGUGGUGGUGACGUUUGCCAUCUGCUGGCUGCCCUACCACUUCUACUUCAUCCUGGGCAGCUUCCAGGAGGACAUCUACUACCACAAGUUCAUCCAGCAGGUGUACCUGGCGCUCUUCUGGCUGGCCAUGAGCUCCACCAUGUACAAUCCCAUCAUCUACUGCUGCCUCAACCACAGGUUUCGCUCUGGAUUCCGGCUUGCUUUCCGUUGCUGCCCGUGGGUCACACCGACUGAGGAAGAUAAGAUUAGGCUGACUCACACUCCAUCCCUUUCUAGGAGGGUCAACAGGUUUCACACUAAAGAGACUUCUUUCAUGGCUGGGGAUACUGCCCCCUCUCAGGCUACCAAUGGGCAGGCCAGGGGUCCCCAAGAUGGGGUACCUACUGAACCCUAA